GGAGGGAGUAAAUGUUAAGUAAUCUUUUCGUAUAAAUAAAUAUACUACAUAGUCUUCAUAUUAAAAGAUAUACCCCAUAGUUUGCAAACUCCAAAGAAAAAAAACAAUUAAUUAGAUGGAGGAAAAACAGCUAAAUAUAUUGAUGUAUCCAUGGAUAGCCAUGGGACAUAUAACUCCAUAUUUUCACUUAGCAAACAAACUUACUGAAAAAGGCCACAAAGUCACUCUCUUGCUCCCUAACAAGGCUAAACUUCAAUUACAAUCCUUAAACCACUAUUAUUCAUCCCUUUUAACCUUACACACAAUCACAAUUCCUCAUGUUGAUCCCCUUCCUCCAGGGACCGAAACCGCCUCUGAUGUCCCCUUCCCCCUCCACAACCACCUCGCCACCGCUUUUGACCUCACUCGUCCUCAGUUUGAGUCAAUUGUCUCUACCCUACAACCCAACCUUGUCUUUUAUGACAUGGCACAUUGGGUCCCGGAGGUUGUAUCUCCCGGGACCAAGUAUGUGGCCUAUUUUGUGGUUUCCACUGCGGCCUUGGCCUUUGGUAUGGUCCCGUCUAGGGACCCACCCAAGGACAAGGCCGUGGUUGAGGAAGACGAUUGUGUUGUCAAUGUACCUCAUCGUUACCCUUCAUCUAAGGUUGUCUUAGAGCCGAGGAGGUUGCUAGGCUUGUACAUGCCUUUGGGUCAGGGGCUCACUUUGUAUGAUCGCGUCACCACCGCAGUAAAACGUAGUCACGUCAUUGCUGUCCGUACUUGCCAAGAGACCGAAGGGAAGUAUUGUGAUUACUUAUCUAGCCAGUAUGAUAACAAGCCUAUCCUCUUCUCGGGUCCGGUCCUCCCGGAGCUCGAGAUAGAGGGAGAAUUGGAGGGUCAUUGGGCGAAAUGGCUCAACCAAUUUCGCCCCAACUCAGUGGUAUACUGCUCCUUCGGAAGUCAAUUUGUCCUCGAGGUGGUACAAUUCCAAGAACUCCUCCUCGGGUUUGAAAUGACAAAUUUACCCUUUUUAGUAGCCGUAAAGCCCCCCACAGGUUGUAUUACCGUGGAGGAAGCGUUCCCAGAGGGAUUCGCCGAGAGGACCAAGGAGCGAGGGGUGGUCACGGGAGAAUGGGUGCAACAACGACUAAUACUAAAUCACCCGUCGGUCGGGUGCUUUGUGAGUCAUUGUGGGUUCGGGAGUAUGUGGGAGUCUUUGAUGAGUGAAAAUCAGAUAGUAUUAAUACCACAACUUGAAGAUCAAGUAUUAAACACUAAGAUAAUGGUUGAGGAAUUGAAAGUGGCUGUGGAAGUUGAUAAAGGAGAGGAUGGAUCAUGGGUUUCAAAAGAGAGUUUUUGCAACGCAAUUAAAUGUGUGACGGAUGAGGGUAGUGAAAUUUGUGGGUUAAUCAAGAAAAACCAUGUAUUAUGGAGGCAAAAAUUAGGGGAUCCAAAGUUUAUGAGUGGUUACAUUGACAAAUUCAUCAAGGAAUUGCAAGGUCUUGUUGAUUGACCUUAAGUUGUUCUUUUUGCAAUUACAUGUUUUAUGUUUAUGAUCAUUAUGAAUCAAUAAAUCGUGUAUUUACAUUAGA